CGCGCGCAGGUACGCGCAUGCGCCCGGGGAGCCUCCUGGAGAGGCGGGUCGUUUUGAAGCUGGGAGAGAGCUCCAUGGAAACAAGGCCGCGGAGACUUGCUGGUUGAGAGAUUUUUCCUGCCCACGGUUGGCUGCUCUGGAGUUAAUUGCUGGAUGCUGAGACGGUUAUGGCAAGGCCAAUCAUUUCCCCUGUGAGUAUCAAUUCUACAGCUCCAGAAACCUUUGUGGUCCUGAAUCAGAGAAUGAGAGUUGUUGAAGAACAGACAAACGAACUUCUGAAGGAUCUACGGACCCUGGAUGUGAAGGAGCAAAGUGUGGAAAAUUUCCCUUCAAAGCUCUUGGAGAAACCUGAAGGUCAUCAGUUCAUCAGCCCUAUCUGUGCCCAAACGGUCUUUGGUGGAACCAAUGACACUUUGUGGCGAACCUGUGAGACUCUAGUGAACCGGAUGUGCCGGCUUGAGAGCGUUGUGCAGACCCUGAAACUGAACAUGUUCCGACUGCAGACAGAAAAGGAGCUGAAUCCAAAGCAUGCAGCUAAUUUAGAACAGCGCAUGAAGAUGAUUCAGGAGGAGCACAUGGGAGAACUAAAAGUGCUGCAAGAAGAGGGGCGAAUGUUAUGCCAGCAACUCCAGGAGUCCAGGGAAGAGGAAUCAAAAGCCAGGGAUCGGGUGGAAAGGCUGCGAGCCGCUCUGGAGAUUGCAACUGCUACAAAGAGGGAUGUAACCAUUGCUUCAGAUGAAUUGAGAGCAACAAAAAAGAAGAUGGAGCACAAACUGCAAGAGCUAAGAGAGCAACUGGCUAAGGAGUCUAGCCAGCGGGAGUCCUUGCAAGAAUCUCACGCUGUCCUGCUUUAUCAGAUGAAUGAUCUGGAAAUGAUGGUGGAAAAAGAACGUAAGCAGGUUCAUACUUUGCAGCAGGAUUGUAACACUUUACGUCAGGAUAUUCAGAUGUCUAGAGAAAGGCUGCAGAAAGAAGAAGAGAGGAAAGUCCAGCUGGAGCAGCAGUGUAUGCUGCUUAAAAGCAAUCUAGAAUCCCAAGAGGCUACCAUUUCCAAGUUCAGUGAAGAAGGGAAAAUUACACAGAUGUCUUUGAACAAAGCCUUUGAAGAGAAUGCGCAGCUACAAGCAGAAAUAACCAGUUUGCGGGAGGUGGCAGAAAAAGUGCAAAUGCUUAAUGAGCAGUUGACCCAACAAUGUACAGAACUGAGCAGUACCCUUCGAGCUGCUACCAUGGAGAAUGCUCAACUGAUUACAGAGCAUCAGGCUGCUCUUAAGUUAGAACAGGAGAAACUUGAUCAGAAACUGAAAGAACAAGACCUCCUUUUGGAUACAGCUCGAGCCAGCAUUACUGAAGAACUGAGGAUGGUGCAGAAUGAGAAAGUUAAGCUCCAGAAAGAAAUCGAAGCCUUGCGUUCUGAGCAUGCUGACUGCAAGCAGAAAAACUCCAAAGUUGAGGAGAUUGCCCAAAUAAGGCUGCUGGAGUCUGUAGUUGACAAGUUACAAAGUGAACUGGAGGCAGCUCUACCGGAGAAAGAGAUUCUGAUGAAGGAUAAAGAGACCCAAGAGCAAGAGAUGCAGAAAACAAUACAUCAAAUGAAGCAAGACAACAAAAGACUGGAAGCAGAAGUAGAAGAAAGCAAGUUGGAAAUUGGGCCUCUGAAAAAGACACUGAAGGCGUUAGAAGAAGAAAACAAGAAAUUAAUGGAACAGGAUGUUGUUUUGCAAUAUCAACAACAUACCCAGCAACAAGUAAAGCAGGUCCUAGAAGGGCUGACCAACAACAAAAACAAGCUAGCAUAUGACAAAGGAAAACUUCAGACAAGAAUACAACAGCUGGAAGAAGAAGUGCAUUCCCUUGCAGAUGUACUUUCAAAGAAUAAUCAGCUGUGUAAGCAGAAUGCUGCUUUGGAGAUGAAAUAUAAUCAGAUAAAUGCAGAACUUGAUUCCAUCAAAAUUAACACACAGAGGUUGGAAGUUCAACUAAAGCAGUCACAAUCUGCCCUUGCCUGCAGAGAGCAAGAUUAUUCUGAUACAGUCAAAACCUGUGAUGAAGUAUUAAGAGAGAACCAGAAACUCAAAGGGCAAAUAAGUGCCACUGAAGGAAGAGAAAAGCACAAGUUGGGGAACUUACGACGCAAACUGGAAGAAUCAAAAACAGAUAAUGCCAAGAUGACAAAUAUGCUAGAGAAUGUGCUGGCUUCUCAUAACAAAAUGCAGGCGGCUCUAGAGAAGGUGCAAACCGAACUGGGGCGCAAGGAUUCAGAGAUUGCAGGCCUGAAGAAGGAUCGGACUCAGAGCCAGCAGAGAAUACAGAAGUUAGAAGCAGAGUUGGAACAGUGCCAUAACAAACUUCUCUUCGAAUCCCAGCACACUGUAAAGACUGGCCCACUUCGUAAAGCACUGGAAGCCUCCAAAGCCGACAUGAAGAAACUUGCACAAAAUUUGGAGCAGACGCUGCAGACUAAUAGCAUCCUGCAAAGCAAACAUUUGCUUCUUCAGGAUGAGUUGGAAAGGAAAGAAACAGAGUACCAACAGCUCCUGGAGUGCAGGGACCAGUUAAUUGAGGAAACUAAGAUGGAGGCAAAGCUGUACACAGAUCGCCUUGAGACUCUGAAGAAACAGUUUCAGACUGAGCGGGAAGUUACAAAGAAGGCAGCCCAAAAGGAAUCAAUGGAGUUGAAGAAAGCCCUGGAAGAGGCCUGCUCUAAAUCUGGGGAUUUGUCGCGCUGUAACAGGGAACUACGGGCCAAAGUGGUGGAGCUGGAGUCAGCCCUGGUAACUCAGAAAGAGAGGGUGAAGAGGCAGAAAUCAAUCAUCACACAGUACUUCAGCUCCAAGAGUAACAAUGCUAGAAAUGUGGAGAGAAUGAAGGAAAUCGAAUCAGAAUUGAGGCAAAUGGAAGAUCUAAAGGAGCAGUACCAGAAGAAAAACCACGAGCAGUCCCUGAGCAUCAAGCAAUUUGUCACUGAAUUAACAAGCCUGCAAAGUGAGAUGCAACAACUGGCCAAAAAUCAACAAGCGAUGGCAGCAGAGAACAAAAACCUGGAGAGCCAGUUGGAACUGGAGCGGAAACGGCGGAAACAGCUUGAAGACGAAUGCAAGACUCUGGAAGACACUGUCAAGCAUCUGAGGAAAUGCAAAGAACAUACUGAACAGAAGCUGAAAGAAGCCAGUCUUGAGUCCCAACAGGUCACAGCUAAUCUGGAGGAGGCUCACCACUGGUUCAAAAUGAAGUUUGAUAGUCUGCAGCGUGAGUUGGCAACAAGCAGAGAACAGAAAAGUGCUGUUGAAUUCAACUCUGAGGAGGAAAAACCAGUGAGGCUCCCUAGCCAGGUCUGUCUGAAGCGCUGGGAAGCAAAGAACAAUUUGAAGUUUAUUUCCAGGAAGUAUCUAAAUGAACUAAACCAGCCAUGAGCUUUUUGGGUAGAAGAAGGUUCCAGGCUGCGAGAGGUGAUGAUGUGCCUAUGAACAGCCUUUUUCAGGCCAAGAUGCAUGCAUACAGUGCCAGAGGCACACAAGGGAAGACCUAAAGCUGGACCUUUUCAAAGGGUGAGAGCCACAGACUCACUGAAGUUACUGAACAACAGAAGCCAGGUCUGAACUAAGUAUCCUCUCUGUUAAUUGAGAAGAGUGUUCCUCAAAAUGUAUACACGUAAACUGACCAACAGCUGGGAAAGACCUGAAUCUCAAUGAAAUGCAACAACUAAUUAUUAAAAUGCCUCAAAGGAACUUGGUAAGCUGAUAAAUUUCAUUUUUAAAAUUAAAAAGUGAUUUGUAUAUGGCCCAAUGCUAAAACCUCCUGAAAGUCUUUAGAUCCCUAGGAUGAAACAUAGUGAUGGGCUGAAUUAGGUCUUUCCCAAUAUUUGGUCUGUGUUUGCAGUGGACCAAAGCUGAAACUGUAGGGCUUUGAGAAGUAUAGCUAAAACUCUGAUUGAAUUAAGCUUAUAGUUGAAAUCCAGAGUUUCUUUGUCCACCAGCUAUGUUGUCCACAUAUAGUUGAAAUCCAGUGUUUCUUUGUCCACCAGCUAUCCAGGAUGUCCAGGAUGCCUAUGCUGCCAAAGAGUGUUGUGCAGUUGAUUGUGGUAGAUAGAUAGAUCUGUUUAUUGAUUGGACCACUGACCAUAUCAACAAUAAAAGACAAAAAUAAAAAAUACACAAAUAAGACACCAAACACUAUCCUGAAACUCCACUAAUAGUGAACUAAAAUCCAUUAAAACAUAAUAAAACUUGACUAAAUAAUUAAGAUUGAUAAAAUGGAAUUAAAUUACAAGAUGAAAAUAGGGAAAAUAGAAUGACAAGUGUAAAAGAAUCAGUUGGAGAAUUUAGAUAAGUUCAUCGCCAUGACUAGGGCUGAUUGUGGUGAUGAAAGAAGGUACAGUACCUGCUAAAAAUGUUUCCCUCUAUAUAUAGAGACUAAAGUAUGACUACGGUUGUAGUCUUAACAGACUUAACAGCAGUUUUUAAACCAUGGCAAUGAAAGUGGUAUCAAACUUCUAGAAUUCUGCAGUGUGGCUAAAUAAUGGCUAAGUCAGUUUUAAGGUGAGUGCCUUUCUCUCUCCUGCUUCCUCCCUCAUUCUCACAGGUCAUUAAAUACGUGAGUGCCUUGCUCAAACUGUUAGUUAUCAGGUAAGAAAACAGCAACCAAAAAAAAUUGCGAAGAAAUAAGUCAUUGUUGAUGUAUUUAUAUACAAGACCAUUGUACAUUGCAUUUUAGAAUCAUUUUAUUUUUACUGGCUUUGCUGAUGACAAAUUCACCCAGCCUCCAGAAAGACACCUUCCUAGGAUUGGUCCAAGAGUAAAUAGUGACUGCACUUCAUCAGAAAUCAUGAUUGAAAAUGUGUUGUUCUUUUGCCACUUUUUUCUUUUCUAAACUGACUAGCAUUUACGAUGUAAAUCUGAUGUGUAUUUGUUGGUGUGUGUUUUAUUUAAGAAUUAAAAGAUAGGUAUACUUAUUUUUA